AUGUUUACUGUUCCCAGCCCCGAAACACCAUGUCUAUAUCUCAAACUAAAGCUCAUGCCGCUCUUGUCAUGUAUCCUUUGUCGCGCAGCAGAAGAUAGCGAAUUGAGGCCAUUUAUCUUUAAAUGGUCUCCACUUGACAAGAGGUAUUAUCAGAAUGCCUUCCUACUUCUGCGAUAUACCACAUCGGGCGCCCUGGAAGAGGUCCCCGUACCGGAUGUAGUUGAAGAGACCGGAAAGCUGCAAGGUGCAGCCGAUAUCAGGGACCCAUUCGAUAUCACAGAGCUGAAGCCGGGCGGUUCUGUCUUAUUUUACCAAGGCCUUCCCGAUUGGUAUAGGCAGCAGUUAGUGCCCGGUGACAAGUAUAAACUUCUCUGGUUAGGGGCUAAAUUACCCCUAUGGAACUGGGGGACGCUGAGUGAUAAUUUGGAGGCCAGAUUGUGCCCAGACCUUGCACGGCCGGAUCUUAUUAUCCCAGGAGAUGUCAGUAUUACAUUUACCUAUGAGGAGAUUGAGACUCCGGCUUCCACUCCGCCGCCCAUUUUACCGUCUGUGCAGGUUGCACCAGUAUUGAGCGUGGAGCUCAUGGGCCCAAGUACUGUUUCACGGGAGCAUGAUGCUCUCCUACAUCUCCUUGUUCGGUACCAUGGAAACUCCACUAACCGGCCAAUUAUCUUCUAUAAUCACAUGCUACUGGCAAAUCUCCAUCACUAUCGCCUUAAAAAGGACCAAUGGGAGCUUUGGGACCGUGGAUGCCCUGGGAUCUUGCUAGAUGGUCCGGACGUCACGGUAAACGUAACCCAGGACUGGAACUUUGUCUUCUUGAAGCCUGGAGAGUUUUGGACCUUUUCCUCAACCAUCCUCGACGAUAUCAACUACUGGACAAUAGGAGAUACAUUCCGAUAUCAGUUCACGGGGGGCACUAUCGAGUGGCUUGAGGGAGGCGUACGACAAGACAAUGGGAGCCGACCAGACAUUGUGAUCCCUGCGUCUAACGCGGUAGAGUUUCGUAUUACGGAAUAA